AUGGCUACCCACACUCGUAUCGAUGACGAUGAUGAUUUUGGAGGCGAUUUUCCUGGAGCUCACAAUAACAGGCGGCCUGGUAAAAAGAGAAGCUUUGGGGAUCUUGAGGACGAAGAAGACGAUUUUUUUGGCUCAAAACAGGGUAACUCAAAAGUUGAAGAAACUGCUCCUGGUGUAGCAACAGGAAUGAUUUUGUCUCUUCGAGAGAGUCUUCAAAACUGUAAAGAUACUCUUGCAACAUGCCAAACGGAACUUGAAGCUGCAAAAUCUGAGAUUCGAAAGUGGCAUUCUUCAUUUCAGAAUGAACACUUCAUAACUCCGGGAACUUCUCCUGAUCCUAAAUUGGUCAUCAAUUAUCUUCAAUCCCUGAAGAACUCCGAGGAAUCGUUAAAAGAACAGUUAGAGAAAGCAAAGAAAAAGGAAGCUGCGUUUAUUGUCACAUUUGCAAAACGGGAGCAGGAGAUAGCAGAGCUCAAGUCUGCAGUUCGGGAUCUUAAAGCUCAACUGAAGCCACCAUCAAUGCAGGCAAGAAGAUUGUUACUUGAUCCAGCAAUUCAUGAAGAGUUUACUCGUCUAAAGAAUUUGGUUGAGGAGAAGGAGAAAAAGGUGAAGGAGUUGAAUGACAACAUUGCUGCUGUUCAAUUUACUCCUACAAGCAAGAUGGGGAAGCAGUUAAUGGCUAAAUGUAGGACCCUGCAAGAGGAAAAUGAGGAGAUAGGCAAUGAAGCUUCUGAGGGAAAGAUGCAUGAAUUAUCUAUGAAACUUGCUUUGCAAAAAUCCCAAAAUGCAGAACUGAGAAGUCAAUUUGAAGGAUUGCACAAACAUAUGGAGGGGCUCACAAAUGACGUUGAAAGAUCAAAUGAAAUGGUGCGUAUCAUGCAAGAGCAGCUAGAUGAGAGAGAUUGUGAGAUCAAACGGUUAAAGCAGGAGCUGGAGCAGAAGAGCUUAAUAGAGGAGGAGAAAGCAGAGCCAUCUUCUGAUAGUAGGAAAGUCAGCGACGAAGUGAUUGAGUCUGAGGAAGUCAACACCUAA